AUGCGGCCGCUGUCGGUGGUGCUGAAUCCGCUGCUGUUUCUAUUGACUUUCGACUACUGCCCUUCUGUGGUGAGUUGAGUUUCAUCUGCAAUACACUGUGCUAUACUUCAGGGAAAAUUAGGAGUUAGAUUAAAUGAGUUAUUAGUUAUUGGUUAGAUUAAAACAACUGCAUAAUUAUACUUUUAGGCAGAUAGACUGAUGUGAUUUGAAGUUCGUAUUAAAAUGUGUGGUGUUGGAAUGAUAUAUGUGGGUCGGGCAGGUGUGAUGUAGUUGAUGUUUGUGUGAUGUUGUCGUUUGUAUGUUUUGUAUUGUUAAAAAUAAAUAAAAAUUCUUACAAAAAAAUGAUAUUGAGAAGCCAAAUAUAAGCUUGAAUCGCUUUCACUGAGGAGCUGAGCGAAUGGAGAAACUUGAUUUAUUGUUUCAAAGAUUUACUUAAAACAUGACAGCAUAGGGAAGCUGAAAGCUAAGCUGCUCUUCUAGAGCGUCGAUAGACUGAGAGAGAGGAGAGCAGCGGUAGAGGUAUGGAUACUCGCUCCUGUAGAUAGAUCUAUCUCUUCUCUCUCUCUCUCUCUCUCUCUCUCUCUCUCUCUCUCUCUCUCUCUCUCUCUCUCUCUCUCCUCUAUCUCUGCAUAUAUUUUGAUCCUUGGAUGUUGCCAGAGAAGUAACCCUCUGUUAAUGGUGGGUUCAAUUAUCAUAGACACAAUGAUACUGCCCUACUGGCUGUAAAAGAAAGACAAACGAUCUGAGACAUGGAAAUGAGGUUUGAAUAGUUGGCUUUUCAUAGAGCAAUUUAUUUAUACUAGCUUCAUACUGAGACACGAAAAUGUGGCCGAUUUCUCUGGUGUGUAUAAUAGCCUAAACGUCCAUGAACAAAUGUUCUGUAUAUACUAGAUGGUGUACAAUAGAUCAUACUACACUAGAUUGUCCUUUAGAAAUGGAAAUGAGGUACAUUAUUUUCACAGAGCAAUAUAUACUUAGCUGAAAUCGAUAGAUCUGUAGUACUUACCCUACAAUACUAUAGAUAUUAAACCACUAUAUUAUAAUUCUACUCCACUACAAUAUUAUACUAUCCUACCCAAUAAUACUACAUAUGCUAUAUACUCCAAAACGCUAUAUAUCCAUUUUCAGAAAUGUUGGUAAAUUGGCUUUACAUUUUUUUAAAGAACUUAUGAAAGAGAUUGAUGUGUUUUUUUACAGCAUCUAAUCAUGGCAUGGGUUUGUUUGACAUCGAUCACUUGAUGGUUUCAUGUCAGUGAGACAAAUAAUCAUGUUUUUUUUUUUCUUUCAAAACUCUAUAUAUCCUCGUCCCUCUCAGAGAAAUCAGUAAUACUGUUAGGUUUUACACAGUGAAAUGAAAUGUAACAAAUAACUACAUUUUUUUAUGAAGAACUGUACAAAUUAUACAUUUGUGACAUCAAUAUAUAUCUUUUUUUAAAUUAAAAAAUGAAUCAAUACAGUAAUAUGAGAUCUCUAUGUAAAACAUUUACAUUUGACAUUUUAGUUAUUUAGCAGAUGCACUUAUGCAGAGCGACUUACAGUUAGUGCAUUCAUCUUAAGAUAGCUAGACGAGACUUCGGUCACCAGCUAGACGGGGCUUCCGGGUUAAGCGAGCAGUAUUUCAAGAAGCAGUGCGGCUUGGCAGGGGUCGUGUUUCAGAGGACGCAUGGCUCUCGACCUUCGCCUCUCCCGAGUCCGUAGGGGAGUUGCAGCGAUGGGACAAGACUGUAACUACCAAUCGGAUAUCUCGAAAUUGGGGAGAAAACUGGGGUAAAAAGUACCCCCCCAAAAAAUUAUAAUACAAAAGAUAGCUAGGUGAGACAACCACAUACAGUGGGGGGAAAAAGUAUUUAGUCAGCCACCAAUUGUGCAAGUUCUCCCACUUAAAAAGAUGAGAGAGGCCUGUAAUUUUCAUCAUAGGUACACGUCAACUAUGACAGACAAAAUUAGAAAAAAAAUCCAGAAAAUCACAUUGUAGGAUUUUUAAUGAAUUUAUUUGCAAAUGAUGGUGGAAAAUAAGUAUUUGGUCAAUAACAAACGUUUCUCAAUACUUUGUUAUAUACCCUUUGUUGGCAAUGACACAGGUCAAACGUUUUCUGUAAAUCUUCACAAGGUUUUCACACACUGUUGCUGGUAUUUUGGCCCAUUCCUCCAUGCAGAUCUCCUCUAGAGCAGUGAUGUUUUGGGGCUGUCGCUGGGCAACACGGACUUUCAACUCCCUCCAAAGAUUUUCUAUGGGGUUGAGAUCUGGAGACUGGCUAGGCCACUCCAGGACCUUGAAAUGCUUCUUACGAAGCCACUCCUUCGUUGCCCGGGCGGUGUGUUUGGGAUCAUUGUCAUGCUGAAAGACCCAGCCACGUUUAAUCUUCAACGCCCUUGCUGAUGGAAGGAGGUUUUCACUCAAAAUCUCACGAUACAAUGCCCCAUUCAUUCUUUCCUUUACACGGAUCAGUCAUCCUGGUCCCUUUGCAGAAAAACAGCCCCAAAGCAUGAUGUUUCCACCCCCAUGCUUCACAGUAGGUAUGGUGUUCUUUGGAUGCAACUCUUUGUCCUCCAAACACGACGAGUUGAGUUUUUACCAAAAAGUUCUAUUUGGUUUCAUCUGACCAUAUGACAUUCUCCCAAUCCUCUUCUGGAUCAUCCAAAUGCACUCUAGCAAACUUCAGACGGGCCUGGACAUGUACUGGCUUAAGCAGGGGGACACGUCUGGCACUGCAGGAUUUGAGUCCCUGGUGGCGUAGUGUGUUACUGAUGGUAGGCUUUGUUACUUUGGUCCCAGCUCUCUGCAGGUCAUUCACUAGGUCCCCCCGUGUGGUUCUGGGAUUUUUGCUCACCGUUCUUGUGAUCAUUUUGACCCCACGGGGUGAGAUCUUGCGUGGAGCCCCAGAUCGAGGGAGAUUAUCAGUGGUCUUGUAUGUCUUCCAUUUCCUAAUAAUUGCUCCCACAGUUGAUUUCUUCAAACCAAGCUGCUUACCUAUUGCAGAUUCAGUCUUCCCAGCCUGGUGCAGGUCUACAAUUUUGUUUCUGGUGUCCUUUGACAGCUCUUUGGUCUUGGCCAUAGUGGAGUUUGGAGUGUGACUGUUUGAGGUUGUGGACAGGUGUCUUUUAUACUGAUAACAAGUUCAAACAGGUGCCAUUAAUACAGGUAACGAGUGGAGGACAGAGGAGCCUCUUAAAGAAGAAGUAACAGGUCUGUGAGAGCCAGAAAUCUUGCUUGUUUGUAGGUGACCAAAUACUUAUUUUUCACCAUAAUUUGCAAAUAAAUUCAUAAAAAAUCCUACAAUGUAAUUUACUGGAUGUUUUUUCCUCAAUUUGUCUGUCAUAGUUGACAUGUACUCAUGCUGAAAAUUACAGGCCUCUCUCAUCUUUGUAAGUGGGAGAACUUGCACAAUUGGUGGCUGACUAAAUACUUUUUUUCCCCACUGUAUCACAGUCAAAUAUACAGGAUACGAACAUUCCAUUCCAGCUAAACAAUGAAUAUAUGUUCAUACACACCUAAAAUCUAUCAAUUAAAAAUCUGAGAACAGUAAUAUUUUACACACACAUGAAGGUGCCUAUAAGCAAUCAUUUCUGGUGAAGAAACACAAAUAUGACAAAUUGGUGGAUGUAGCUUUUUGGAAAUAAACUUCAUAUAUUAGACCAUAUUUUACUACAUUACUUUGGCCCUUUAAAUGACCUUCCUGUGGUGAUGUGUAUUGAAGUAAUUUAAGCUUUGAUAAUGACUCUUAUUUUCAGGAUCAUUUAAAUUAAAGGGAAGCAGAUUGGUCCAUCAAGUCAUUUAGACAGUGGGGAGAUGGUCGAUUAGCUAGCCUGCCCACUGCCCUGCCCACUGCCCUGCCCACUGCCCUGCCCACUGCCCUGCCCACUGCCCUGCCCACUGCCCUGCCCACUGCCUGGCUGUCUAUUAGCCUAUACCCUAUUCCCUAUAUAGUCCGUAGAGCCCUAUGUGCCCUGGUCAAAAGUAGUGCACUAGAAAAUGAAUAAGGUGCCAUUUGGGAUGCAGGCCAUGUCUGUGUGCCCGUCUCUUCAUUUUAUAAUGUUACUCUCUUAGCCACGACAGCCGAGACAUCUCUUUGGGGUAAUUGAAACUUCUGUAGAGAAUUAAUGUUGUGUGAUUAUUCAUGGCACACAGACAGGCAGACAGGCAGACAGGCAGACAGGCAGACAGGCAGACAGGCAGACAGGCCAGUGGCAGGACAGAUUAGCAUCCUGGAUCUGAGAGGCUAAAUAAACGAACGGGUGCUGAAGUCAGACUAACUGAGCAGAACAGAAGCAGAGCAGCUGCUGCUGGGCAACGUGACAGAGCAGAACCAUAGAACUAGAAUGAAUAGAACAUAGAAAUUGAAUCAUCAGAUUCAUUAGAAUCUUUAGAAUCGUUAGUAUUUCAUUCUUAUUCUAUGGACUGGAACUUUGGUCAUUGUAAUUUAUGAGCAGAACUUUCCAUUCAUCAGAACAUAAAGCAUUGUCAUGGAGGGUGUAGUUAGUGGCAGCAUGUCAGUCCAUCCGGCUUGGAUCUGGUACAGCUGGAUGGGAAUGUGGAGGGAUGCGGAGAGAUGUGUGUGUGUCAGGAAGGAGAUAAGAUAGCCAGAAGGAUGUAUGUCACACAAGGAGGAAGAGAUCCCAUUUUGGUGACACACCCAAUUCCUCCUCUUCCAUCGAUCAAUAAACGUGAUUCAAUUGGAUUCAAUUCAUCCAUAGAGCCUGGAGGAUCUGGCCUCCAAUUGAGCUUUCUAAACCACACUGAAAAUAACUGAGUUUUUUUUUUUUCUAAGGCCAUUUGGUACUGAGAUCCAGAUUUCACUGCCUGCCAAGAGACUAACUCACUGAGUCACGACUGAAGCGGCCUCACAACUAACUGAACUUUCCUCUAUUGUCUCCAUUCAAUCUGAACGUCCUCUUAUAUCUGUGAACUUGACAGCGACAAAUAGAGAUGAAAAAUGUCUUUGCCCAUCAGAUGGUCAUACUUUGACUGAUCCUUCAAAGCUUCUGUAGCCUAAAUGGAGUGUGGAGAGAGACAAGGGGUUUGGACAUAACCUUAAAGUAAUCUUAGACAUAACCAUAACCGUACAGAUACAGUUUGUAUGGGCACAUGCUUGGACUCUUGCAUCAGGUAUUUAUUGUUAGGAGGAAUAUCCAUCAGAGACUGUUUGCGGAUUAUCCCAUGUUUAAUAUCAAGUUCACUGUCAAAAGUACCUAUCCAAGAUGGCCCCCAUGUCGCCUGACAGCUCAGGUGACAGGUCAGGUGACAGGUCAGGUGGUUACCAGCUGACCAUAUUAAAGAUUGCCACCACACACACUCACCACACCAAACAAUUCAUUGUGCAUGGUUACAUGUACAGGUCGGAUUAUCGGAUGGUCAGAUUAAUAUAAUAGUUAGUUUAAAACGUUUACAUGCUUUGCAAGAAGAACGAUUUCCCUAAUAAUCCUGUUUACAUGGAAACAUCUUAAAUCAGGCUACUCAAAUCACAUUUUAUUUGUCACGUGCGCCGAAUACAACAGGUGUAGACCUUACAGUGAAAUGCUUACAAGCCCUUAACCAACAAUGCAGUUUUAAGAAAAAUAAGUGUUAAGUAAAAAAUUGAUAAGUAAAAAUAAAAAAAGAAGAAAAACAUUUUUUUUUACUAAUAAUUAAAGAGCAGCAGUCAAAUAAAAUAACAGUAGGGAGGCUAUAUACAGGGGGUACCGGUACAGAGUCAAUGUGCGGGGGCACUGGUUAGUCGAGGUAAUUGAGGUAAUAUGUACAUGUGGGUAGAGUUAAAGUGACUAUGCAUAGAUAAUAAACAGAUGGGACUUUUGAUAAAUGCAGAAAAUCGCCCAAUCAAAAUAAAUGUUCUACCACAGUGACCAUGUUAUUUUUGCCAAUACUUGUUUAUUCUUAAUAAGUUCUUAUGAGUUCUAUGUUCCUAAUAAUUUGAAAGAUUGCUCAGAAAACCAGGUGUUUUAAUUAGCUAAUGCUUAUUUAGAUGAUGACCUUACAAUAUGCAGAGGAAGGCAUUUACAUGAUUAUUGCCGCACUCGGCCCACUGCCAUAAUCACUUUCAUUUCCAAUGUGUUAGUGUGAUUGUAAAUAAACUCAUUGUCUGGCAGCCAUCAUCCCAGUACACUCCAGCAUGCGUCAUUGAAUGAAGUGAGUUCUCGAUCUGAAUAUCUGAUGUUUUGCAGUUCCUUACUUAUCAGAUGUGUUUGAACCUUACUUUUGAUGCAUUACUGCCCUAUUCUUUGGAUAUUGCUACUUUUCCUUUAGCAUUUAGCAUAUUGUUCAUUCAAGUACUGCUGCCUACCUCUUUGUUGAAGAGUUAUGUGAGAUGUUAUAUUGCUUUAGCAUUUAGCCUUUAGCCUAUUGGCCACUUAAAUUACUGCCAUUUCAGUUAGCUACUUUUAGCACUUUGUGGUAUCGUUGAACUGUGUAGCCGGGGUAACUGGAGUCUGAUGUACGAUGAUGUCGGAUAUGAUAACUGCCACUUGUUUCCUGUUGUUCUCAGAACCAUUCUAUAACUUCAAUGAUGAUUGACCUGCCUAAAUAAAACCCAUCAAAAUGAUCAAAGAGAAACCUAGACCAUUUCUUACAGAGACCAUUUUAUUGUGAAAUGAACUCACUUGAACAUGUGUGCGCGCCACCGUGUGUGUGUGUGUGUGUGUGUGUGUGUGUGUGCGUGCGUGCGUGAGUGUGAGUGUGUGUGUGUGGGUGUGGGUGUGUGUGCGUGUGCGUGUGCGUGUGCGAGUGUGUGUGUGUGUGUGUGUACGUGAGUGUGUGUGUGUGUGUGUGUGUGUGUGUGUGUGUGUGUGUGUGUGUGUGUGUGUGUGUGGUGUGUGUGUGUGUGUGUGUGUGAGUGUGUGUGUGUGUGUGCGUGUGUGUGUGCGUGAGUGUGUGCGUGUGUGUGUGCGUGUGUGUGUGUGAGUGUGUGUGUGAGUGUGUGCGUGAGUGUGUGUGUGUGUGUGUGUGUGUGUGUGUGUGUGUGUGUGUGUAGACAGUCAGGCCGAAGGAGGGUUGGAAGGUGUACAGCUCGGCCCAGGAUGCAGAUGGCAGGUGUAUCUGUACGGUGGUGGCUCCUGAACAGAACCUCUGCUCCAGAGAUGCCAAGGGAAGACAGAUCCUACAGCUAAUGGAGAAGGUACUGGACACACACACACUGAUACACACACACACACACACACACUGAUACACACACACACACUGUAGCUCAGUUGGUAGAGCAUGGCGCUUGCAACGCCAAUGUUGUGGGUUCGAUUCCCACGGGGGGCCUGUAUUAUAAAAAAUAUAUAUAUAUAUAUAUAAAAAAACAUGUAUGCACUCACUAACUGUAAGUCGCUCUGGAUAAGAGCGUCUGCUAAAUGACUAAAAUGUAAAAUGUACUGAUACACACACACACACACACACACACACACACACACAUACACACACACUGAUACACACACACUGAUACACACUGAUACAAAACAGAUAGACUGAUUCUGAUACACAUACACUGACACACACACACACACACAUUGAUACACACACACUGAUAUACACACACACUAAUACACACACACACACACACACUGAUACACACACACUGAUACACACACACUGAUACACACACACUAAUACACACACUGAUACACACACACUAAUACACACACACUAAUACACACACUAAUACACACACACUGAUACACACACACUGAUACACACACACUGAUACACACACACUGAUACACACACACUGAUACACACAUACUGAUACACACACACUAAUACACACACACUGAUACACACACACUGAUACACACACACUGAUAUACACACACUAAUACACACACACUAAUACACACACACUGAUACACACACACUGAUACACACACACUGAUACACACUCACUGAUACACACACACUGAUACACACAUACUGAUACACACACACUAAUACACACACACUGAUACACACACACUGAUACACACACACUGAUAUACACACACACACACACACACUGAUACACACACACUAAUACACACACACUGAUACACACACACUAAUACACACACACUGAUACACACACACUGAUACACACACACUAAUACACACACACUGAUACACACACACUAAUACACACACACUGAUACACACACACUGAUAUACACACACUGAUACACACACACUGAUACACACAUACUGAUACACACACACACACACUGAUACACACACACUGAUAUACACACACACUAAUACACACACUGAUACACACACACUGAUACACACACACUGAUACACACACACUAAUACACACACACUGAUACACACACACUGAUACACACACACUGAUACACACUCACUGAUACACACACACUGAUACACACACACUGAUACACACAUACUGAUACACACACACACACACUGAUACACACACACUGAUAUACACACACACUAAUACACACACUGAUACACACACACUGAUACACACACACUGAUACACACACACUAAUACACACACACUGAUACACACACACUAAUACACACACACUAAUACACACACACUGAUACACACACACACUGAUACACACACACUGAUACAAACACACUGAUAUACACAUACUGAUACACACACACACACUGAUACACACACACUGAUAUACACACACACUAAUACACACACACUAAUACACACACUGAUACACACACACUGAUACACACACACUAAUACACACACACUGAUACACACACACACUGAUACAAACACACUGAUACACACACAAUGACACACACACUGAUACACACAAACACACACUCAUUAUGAACCAACUUCAUUAGCAUUACUCAUCUAUGAUGAUAAUGUAUGAAACAUGUAUUUUAUCUGUAGAGCGCACCAGGGUAGUGAGUCUAGGUAAUUCACUGUGGUCCAGUGUGGUAAAGUUAACACUAAUGUACAAGCAACCCUUAGGGGAGUUUCAACCGGGCCAUUUCAGGAUCCCACCAUUGGAGUCAGAGGAGCAUGGAUAAUAUAACCCUGUCUGUGUCCCAAAUGGCACCCUAGUGCCUAUAUAGUGCACUACUUUAGACAUAGGGCUUUUGAAAGGUGCCAUUUUGGGAUGCACAUACAGAGUUUGAAUGCGAUGCCACUUUGCGGGUGGAAACACAGUGGUGAUAGAGGAAUCGUUGUAACUGUUGGCUGCUCUUGGUUUCAGAUACCCAUUCCACACCAACUGAUGAGCUAUGGGAUAUUUCAAUGAGCCAGUACUCUUUACUUGACUUUUAUAAUAUAUUUGGAUUUGUUUAACACUUCUUUGGUUACUACAUGAUUCCAUAUGUGUUAUUUCAUAGUUUUGAUGUCUUCACUGUUAUUCUACAAUGUAGAAAAUAGUAAAAAUAAAGAAAGACCCUUGAAUGAGUAGGUGUGUCCAAACUUUUGACCGGGAGUGUAUGUAAGAUGUUGAAGAAAAUAAAACAGAUACGAUGAUAUAAAGUGAUCUAUAACGGCGCAUUGGUCUGCGAUGCUUUAUCCUAGAAACAAGCUGUAAAAUACCCGGGAAAGACGUGACUCAAAUCAAAUCAAAUCAAAUUUUAUUGGUCACAUGCGCCGAAUACAACAGGUGCAGACAUUACAGUGAAAUGCUUACUUAGAAAGAAAGACGUGACUCGGAUGCGUAUGGGGAUAUCACGAUGCCGCCCCUCAUCUCUGAUUCUCUGCCGCUCUGCAAUAUCAACCCAUAGGCUAUUCAGUGUCUCAAUCAAAUGAUCCAUAGCCUAUAGGCCAGGGGUACUGAAGUACUAUUUGAGAAGGUCCGGUCACACAAAUGUCCUAGGUGGCAAAGGUCCAGAUGGAUAAUGUAAUUUAUCGGCGUAGUAAUAAACCCGAACACCAAACUGUUCACACCCCUCUUGUUGGCGGAGAGAAAAUGUUGUAGUUUUAAAGCUACUUUCCCGCAAUUCUACAUAUUUUGCAUGGGGGGGGGGGGGGGGGGGGGAGAUUAUUUUUUUCUGUUUUAAAGCUAAUUUCCUGCAAUUCUACGCAUUCUUCCAUGUCUUAUGUGUGUUUAUAUGAUAUCGGGGUCGAAGCCCGACCAAAAAAAACACACAUAAAUUCAAAUAAAAAACAUAAUGUUUUUGGGACCUGUGGUCCGUAUUGACCACGUUCUGGGUCCGGAUCCGGUAGGCUAUGAAGUGCAUGCUCGGAGAAGCACAGAGCAAAGUUAUAUUUCAAGGAAAAUGUACUUCCUUCCUGAGUCUUUUGCGCUGCUGGGAUGGUGUAAAUAAAACUAGGCUGCAUUACAAACUGCAAUGGAUAUUCCAACCCUGAGCCCCUGACCUGCUCUGCUCUUGCUGAUCAAAAACGUUUUUGUGUGCUGCUUAACCAAUGGCUGUGCUGUGUAGGGCCACGAUGGCAGUUCAGGAGGAGAGUCAAGGGUAUAUUCUCCGAAAAUAAUUUUUGAUUAGGCCUAAUCCAAAAAUUCACUAUCUUGUGCAUGGACUAGCCUAUAGCCUAUGUUCUGUUUAGUUUGAGAAGGAGAGCGUUAAAGAUGAGAAGGAGGACUGGAGGUCAACUUUGAUAGCUUUCUACAACUAUAAUUGCAUUUAUUAAAAACAAUAUGUUUCUUGUCCAUGAUGUAUUUAUUCGAGUUAUUGUCCUCACAAUAAGCCCGAGUCUAGUAACUUACAUUUUGGCGCUGAAACUUGAAGCAGCAGCCGGGGCACAAUCAAUCAGAAAUGGACAGCUCAUGGUGCUGAAAGUAGGCAAAUUCGUGUAGGCAUAAUUCAUUUCAACCGUCUUCAUUUUAAUUAGACUUACUAACAACAAGAGGGCUGUGUGUUGGAUCCUAUUUCUUCCUAUUUAAGAAAUAAGAGGUAGGCCUUCCUGUUUGACAGAGGAAAUGAGGCUAUAUAGGCUGCCAUAUCCAUAGAUUUUGUCGGUCAAUUCCUCCACCCACUAUUUAAAUACCCUACCUCCGUGUCAGUGAAGGGCUGUUAAAUUCAAACCAGGACUCGGAUUAAGGGGGUAUGAGAGGGUAUGCCAUAGGCCUACCUUUUAUUAAAGAAAAUGGCAAAAAGGUCUACCCCUUGUUAGUUUAAGAUUUUAAAGAAAAUAAAACGGAUAUGAUUAUAUUAAGUGAUCUAUAACAGCGCGUUGGUCCGCGAUGCUUUAUGCUAGAAACAAGCUGUAAAAUACCCGGGAAAGACGUGACUCCGAUGCAUAUGGGGAUAUCAUUGUUUUGUUUCUUUGACAGUCAGAGGUUGACUUUGCUUGGGAAGUAAUCUAAUUCUGUCACUAUCAUUUGAUUAAGCUAUUCACUUUAUGUACUAUUUGAAGAUGCUUAAACCUAGACAGCUUUUAGGGAAACACUUGUGACCUUCUCUGGGUUAAACCACGGAAGAAGAGUAGCCAGCAGUUAAAGCUUAAAUUUUUCUGCGUCAGUAGGCCUACUCUGUCUGGGGUGGAGAGGUAGGCCUAACUUUUGAAAGUACCAUGCUGAGAUUCCUAAUGACGUCUCAGAUUUAUCUUGGCCAGGACGCUCUUGAAAAAGAGAUUUCAAAUCUCAAUGAGCCCUUCCUGGUUAAAUAAAAAAAUAUAAAAUAAAAAUGUAAUUAUUGCAAACCGGGACAGUUUCGUUGCAACCAAGACACACCGAUUUGGCAUUGGAGAAACAUAAGAUGAACACAUAGGCCUAUCUCUCUGUCCAUUCUUAGCCUGUAAUUUCGGUAAUUUGUGUGGUAUAAAAAAAGAUUCCUCUAAUAUGUAAAAUAAGGUAGAAUUGCAUGAAAUUAUUAUAUAAAAGUUAUUUUUUUCUCGGAUGAUAGAUUCAUACAAUGCUUUUGCUAUAAAGUAGAUAUUCCCACCCCUACUCUUGUCCACGGUGGUCUGCGAACCCACAACCUUCUGGCCCGCAGCCCUGAGGGCUAUAAUAUUUUUUGGCCCUGCAAUGCGUACAGGACGAAGAACAGUUUCUAAAACGGCAUAUCUAAGAAGUGAGGGUAAACGGUAGACGUGUUCUCUGCUAUCCACUUUGUUUAAAUUCUUUUUUUGUGUUAUAGGAGAGGGUUUAGGUAAAAUAUAUUUUGGCCAUAUAACCCUUUUUAUAAAUAAUGUUCCCAAACUUGAUGGAAAAAUACAAAAGUACUACAGAGGUUUGAUCCUGUGGAGGGACAGAUUCCUCAUUCUCUUCAUCUAUGGUGCAGAACAUCUAUUGUCUUCUUCUCUUGUCCCCUAGGUCCAGAACAUGUCCCAGUCCAUUGAGGUACUGAACCUGCGGACCCAGAGAGACUUCCAGUACAUCAUGAGGAUGGAGGGCCAGUUCAAAGGGCUAAGGUCAAAGUUCAGACAGGUAGAGGCCGACAGGAAGACACACGUCAACAGAAACUUUCAGGUGUGAAAAAUACAGAUUUGUUUCUGGUUGUUAUACGGUUCUGACCUCGCUUUAACCAGAACAUGACCUUAUUAUAUGGUAUUUUAUCAGAACAUGACCUUAUAACGUCUUUAACCAGAACAUUACAUUAUAGUAAUUUAGCAGACGCUCUUAUCCAGAACGACAUAGAGGAGCAAUUAGGGUUAAGUGCCUUGCUCAAGGGCACAUCGACACCAAUGUGCUUACCCACUAGGCUACCUGCCGCUAAGCUACAUUAUAAAGUCUUUAACCAGAACAUGACCUUAUUAUAAUGUCUUUAACCAGAACAUGACCUUAAUAUAACGUCUUUAACCAGAAUUGCAUUAACUUCAACCAAAUCGAAACUGAACUGACCUGAAUCAAACUAAACCAUGUGUAUCCUCCCCUUCCUCCAGGAGUUGAAGGGUAAGAUGGAGGCCCUGCAGCCUCUGAUCCGGGUGUUGGAACAGUACAAGACAGACGCCCAGCUCAUCACCCAGUUUAAACAGGAGAUCAGGAACCUCUCCAUG